AUGGCACACUUUGGGAGGGUGCCCUUCUCACACAGUGGAUUCUGUGCUGGACAGCCUGGGCACCAAGCAUCUCACCCAGUGUGCCCUUCUGGCUCUGAUGGAGACAUCCCUCUGGGAUUUGAUCAAAUAGUUGAUGAAGUCAGCCAUGAAUUUUUUUUUUAUGGUUCAUCCCAUCCACAUCAUCAUGAACAAAUAUUUUUCCCAGCAGAACUUUUCAGUCAGAAUGUGCCUGACCAGCAUCUUUACAACCAUCCUCUGGUUGCUCAUGGAGAGCUUUACCCUGGAAGCCCAGUCCCUCACUGGCAGCAAGGUACAGUGGCACCAAUGGUUGGCUUCAGACCUUCCUUACUGCCUGACUGCAGAGACUUCUCUGUGGUGGAUUCCCACCCCUACAGCCACGAGAGAGAACUCCAUGGAAGGAAUAGUGUAAAUUCAGUUUCUAAUGCAGAAAGGGGCAACACAAAUCUGGAGUUUCAGAUAGGCUUUGACAAUCUGGAUGUUCCAAGUCCUGUUUUCUUAGACAAUUAUCCAUUUGGACAAAAAGUGACAGAAGAAAGUGGAAAUGGGGAAGCUUCUGUAACCAACACUGCCAGAAGAUGCAGCACAGGACCUACCCACCCCCAGGGCUCUGGACACAACGGAGAGGCUGCACCUUGGUCUAUCCAGCUGAUCCAAGCAGAUCAAGGAAGUAAUGAAAACACAGUUGGUUUCUGCAAUGCAGUGGAGAAAAUCAGAAAUGCCUAUCCUGCUUUUGAUUUGAAGACAAAUACUGGGAAAAUCUGGAGUAUCACAACAAGGUUCCCAGAGCAUAUCUUUGGUGGAACAAAAUUCAGACUCAGCAUUUGGACAGAUUUUUCACCACAUCCUCUACUUCUUACACAACACGCUGGCUGUAUCACUCACGACUUAAUUGUGGAGAUCCUCAGUUGCACAAAUCAAUACCCGGCCCGGGAGGAAUGCCUUCUGAGUGUUUGUGGGGCUGAUGAAUUCUUACAAAACAACUGUACUUUGGGAAGCCACGAAAGUCUCCGCAAGGCAAGCACCUGCAUUCAGCUUUGCCUGCACCACGCUGGUCAUCUGGAGCACAGCUUGGCUAGAACAUGUGGGGAUGACCAAAGAAGGUUCAGUGUGAAUGAGCUGUUGGAAGACUCUUGUGCCUGGAGACUGAUUUGGCAGAACCUUGUCUCUGUUAUUAUCAACUACAGAGGUCAAGUGGAAUAUCUGCUGCAAAAUGAGGUAUUUAAUAACGUUGAUAAUGUGAUUGAGGCAGCUAAAGCCAUCUGCGGUGUCCUGUGUUUUGUGGAAACCAGAGACAUCACUGAUGCAGUCUGGAAACUCCGUGCUUUGGGAAGAGCACAGAAUUUUCUUCAAAGUGUGGAAACACCAGGCAAAGUGUCAAUAGAGGCUGCUGUGACUGAGCUCUCCAUGGCCAUCUCUCGUCUCAUCCAUGCCUACAGCAGCAGCUUUGAUGCCAAUUUCCAGCUUGCCAGCAUCCCUAGGAGCCCUUUAUGUGCAGGCAUCAGCCUGAAUUCCCAGCUGAGCUUCACUGUUUGUGCUGCCCAUAACAUCCCAGAAGCCUGGGUGACCAGCUACAAAGUUUUCUCUUUUUCCUGUUUACUGACUUAUGCUGGGAAGACAAUAUGUCAAGUGAAGAUUUGCAAAAAUACUCCAGUUAAAAGGUCCUUCUUUUUCCUGGCUGACUGGAAUGAGAAGGUCAACUUCCCUCUACGAAUAAAGGCUCUUCCAAAGGAAACUAUGCUGACAAUAAAACUGCUGGGAGUAAACAGUGCCUCUAAAAAUACAGAAGUGCUUGCUUGGACAUGCUGCCCAUUGUAUGCAAAAGAGAGGCUGAUCCAUGGAACGGUGCUCCUCAGCCUGGCGCCGUGCAGCACACUCCCCACAGCAGUGAUCACCCCGGGCAUCUGCAGCACUGGGACACCAACCUCAGCCACCCUGCAGAUUGACUUCCCAGAAGCUGAUUUGGAGUUCAUUAAACCUGAACCUGAAGAAAGAAGAGGUGAUCUUGUAGAGCCAACCCAAGAGUGCCUGAAGCACAUUGCAAGACUUUCACAGAGGCACUCUCUCUUGCUACUCUCAGAGCAACAGAGAAGAAUCUUGUGGUUUUAUCGCUACUCCUGCAAUAACCAGAACUGCUCCCUUCCUCUGGUGCUGGGCAGUGCACCCAGCUGGGACAGAACCACUGUGUCAGAAAUGUAUGCCCUGCUGAGGGCUUGGAGGUUUUCUCACCCUCUGCAGGCACUUGGGCUGCUGACUUUCAGUUUUCCAGAUCAAGAUAUUCGCAGGGCAGCAGUCCAACAAAUAGAAAAUGUGUCAAAUGAUGAAUUGUUAGAAUACCUCCCACAGCUGGUUCAGGUGCUCAAGUUUGAGUGGAGUCUUGAAAGCCCUCUGGUGAAACUCCUGCUGAGUCGUUCUCUUCAGAGCAUCCAAGUAGCCCAUCAGCUUUACUGGCUGCUGAAGAAUGCACAGAAUGAAGUUCAUUUCAGAAUGUGGUAUAAGAAACUUCUGGCUGCUCUCCAAUUCUGUGCUGGACAGACCCUGAACAACGAGUUUUCUAAGGAAGAAAAACUCAUCAGAAUUCUGGAAGACAUUGCCACAAAAGUGAAAGCUGCCAGUGACCCAAAAAGAAAGGAGGUGUUGAAGAUGGAGCUCAGCAGACUGCAGCAGUUCUUCCAGGAGGUGAAGCUCUGCCGGCUGCCCCUGAACCCCGCCCUUGUUGUGCAAGGCAUAGAGGCAGAUUCAUGUUCUUAUUUUACAUCCAAUGCCUUUCCCUUAAAAAUCUCCUUCAUCAAUGCGAAUGCUCCAAGUGGAAACAUCAAUGUUAUUUUUAAGAUAGGUGAUGAUCUACGUCAAGAUAUGUUGGUUCUCCAGAUUAUUCACCUGAUGGACAACAUUUGGCUCCAAGAAGGACUAGAUAUGCAAAUGAUCAUUUACAGGUGUUUAUCUACAGGGAAAGGACAAGGACUGGUGCAGAUGGUGCCAGAUGCUACCACCCUAGCGAAGAUCCACAGGGAGUCUGGGCUGAUAGGACCACUGAAAGAAAACACAAUUAAAAAAUGGUUUCACCAUCACCAUCCUCUGGAAUCAAGUUACCAAGAGGCCAUAAGGAAUUUCUUUUAUUCCUGUGCUGGCUGGUGUGUUGUUACCUUCAUCCUGGGAGUCUGUGAUCGACACAGUGACAACAUCAUGCUGACAAAAGCUGGACACAUGUUCCACAUAGAUUUUGGGAGAUUUUUGGGUCAUGCACAGAUGUUUGGAAGCAUCAGAAGGGACAGAGCUCCCUUCAUCUUCACAUCAGAGAUGGAGUAUUUCAUAACAGAGGGGGGGAAAAACCCGCAGCGUUUCCAGGAGUUUGUGGAGCUUUGUUGUCGAGCUUAUAACAUAGUCAGGAAACACAGCCAGCUGCUCCUGAACCUGUUGGAGAUGAUGCUGCAUGCAGGAUUGCCUGAGCUGAAGAGCAUCCAGGAUCUGAAAUAUGUGUAUGAUAACCUCCGUCCUCAGGACUCAGAUCUCCAGGCUACAAGCUACUUUACAAGGAAAAUAAAGGAAAGUUUGGAGUGCUUUCCUGUUAAACUCAACAACUUGAUCCACACGCUCGUGCAGAUGUCAGUGGGGAGCUCUGCAAAGCCUCCAGCUCCAGAGAGUGUCCCCCAGGAAUGGAUGGUGCUGGACACAGAGAGGUCAAUUGCAAGGGCCACCAUUCUGGGAUUCAGCAGAAAGCCUGACCCUGUUUACCUCAUCCAGGUGGUGCAGACCUGCAACGUGGUCAGCUUCGUGGAAAAAUCAUUCCAGCAGUUCUCAAAACUUCACAGCCAUCUCCAGAAGCAAUUCCCAUCUCAUGCCCUCCCAGAAAAAGGGGAACAGCUUGGGCCUGACAAAACUAUUCCUGAAAUUAAAGGGUUUCCCCACUCAUGGCAUUUACCUUUUACGGAUCCUGAACACAAGAGAGUGAAGGAUUUGAACCUCUAUCUGAAGCAGCUAUUAAGUGGCUCCAGGAAACUGGCUAAUAAUGAGCUCGUACUCAGCUUCUUCCUCAACUGGUCCAAAAAUACCUUGGCAGAACAUUCAUCAUCUCUGACCUUAGGUCCUCAGUCAGCUGGUGAGAAGCCUGGAGUACAACUGGUCAUAUCCUAUGAGAACACCUGCCUGACAAUAAUGCUGAAACACAUGAGGAACCUCCACCUCCCAGAUGGCUCUGCCCCAAGUGCACAUGCUGAAUUUUAUCUUCUGCCAGACCCUGGUGAGGUCAGUCGAAGGAAAACAAGGACAGCUCCAAAAGGCUCUGACCCUACUUACAAUGAACUUAUUGUCUAUGACAGAGUCCCAGAGCUCCAUGGCCGUGUCCUGAAGCUUGUUGUGAAAAGCAAAGGAACAUUUGUGGGAGCUGUUAACAUUCAACUGAGCAGUGUCCAGUUCAAUGAAGAAAAGUGGUACCCAUUGGGAAAUAGUGUCAUUUAAAUGUUCUCCAAGAUGAUUCAAUUAUUUGCCUACUAAUGUUUCUUUAUCCCAUUUCCCAGGGUACAUUUUGUCUCAGUUGCCCUUGAGAAUAGGCAGUCAUCUGCUGAGCACACAUCCUAACAUUUCUAACCAUUAGCCUGUUGUCUUAAAAGUGCCACAGAUUCCUGCCAGUGUGAGUUUAAAGAAUCACAUCAUAAGGAGUUAUAGCAACAUGCAGGAACUUCUUAUGACAGCAAUGAAGGGCUUGAUUUUGUUAAUAUUAAAUAGUACUGUAAAAAUAUUGAAUUCUGUACACAUCAGUGUGUGGGGGCUCAUUCUUUGCCCAUUAAUUCCACUGACUCUCUUGAAGCAAUGCUGAUAAUGCUGUAGUUUAUCAUCACUGCAUGUGAUUUCACCAGAAAACCAUGGGAUGGUUUAUAUAUUUCAUAUAUAUUUCAGAUGUCCAGCAAAUUUCACAUUAAAUCUUACCCAAUCAAUACUUUGGUUUUUUAAGAACUUUUAAAGUUUUGAUACAAUGUAACAUUUAAUCCAGGAUAUUAAUUUGUCAUUAAUAUAUGUCAUUGUUUCUUUUAUUCUGACAUCCAAGAAGGAGAUGUAACUUGGUCAUUGGUGUGAGGAAAAAUAAGGGAAAAGCUAAUGUUCAUGAAUAAAGAGAAGAUAUUGAAUGUGAGCUUUCCAGUGGGGGAUUUAUUUAAGAUCAU